AUUGGACUUAGGCAGAUUAACUCUUGUAACUCCUUUUUUUUAUAUAUUAUUAUAAUUACCAGCUCUAAACUUAUUCACUAAGAACGAUAUAAAUUUGUCGAAUUGAUAAAUAAACUAUGGAACAGAACCAAAUUUAUGAACUGUACGAACAAGGAAUAUCAAAGCUUCGUAAAAUACUCUCUAGAUGGAACAGAAAUGACCAAUUACAAAUACGAAUCUCCAAACGUAGAAGCAUGAAUUCCAAGAAUACGUCAAGCAUUCAACGUUAUUACAUUCAUACAAGUGCUCUGUAAAAAAAUUACAUACUGCGCAAAAUCUUUACUGAAACUGAAGACUCCUUUCUAGAUAACAGUUCUUAAAAACACAAGGGAGAUGAAAUGUAAAGUGUCGCAGGGCAUAUUGUCUGCAAGGGAUGAAUCCUAAUGGUUGCAUCACGUACACAAGGGGGUUGAAAAUCUGCAUUCCGUGCGCAAUCGUCCCAAGGACAUCGCAUCUAGCCAAUCGCCGAUUGUAAAACCGACUGAAGUGCAGAUGUCACCCCCAUCGUUACAAUACACAGCAGUUCAGUAGCAAGGGUAGUAGAAGUACCAGGAUAAGGGUACAUUCAUCCACCAUACAUGAUCCGCGAGAAUAGCAAAAUGGUGGUAGUGGCAUUUAGAGUGAUGCCCUUUCCUGGUGAGAAACUUGAUAGGUAGUCAAGCCCGCGGGUGAUUCAGUGCCACCGUCAAGGGUGGGAUAUAUCCGUGAAGCGAAGGGUGAGUUACGAAUUUUCGAGUGACGAGUGGGAGGGUGAAUUCAGCGUGCCGACCGUCAACGCCAUCUGGUCGGCCAGUGAGCGGCCACCAGCCACCCUCGAAACGAGACGUGCGCCUCGCUACGAGUUUAAUAAGACUUUUCUUCAAGACUUGUGUGCCGCAGGCGUCCGUGUCACAAAUCGUCCUUUAAAGAAAAUCGCGCGCGGAUUAAUUCACGGAGUGUUUUCUCUUGUGCCUUAGACAGUUGUAAGUGAGUAAGCAAGUGCAUCAGCACCGGCAUCGGCAACGAGGCCUACGACAAGUCGGUUCCUGUGACGUAUAUUGGUACAUCAUUGGCAACAGUAUGGACGCCACCUUGGCUGACAGGAACGUGGAGUGGCGAUGACAAGCCUGAUUUUGGAGAACGCGGACUUGAACCGACUUUUCCCGAAAUGCCGGCCUAGGGGCGGCCCACCACCGCCCCCAGGGGGCACCACACAAAUUGGCCAGCCGCAUGACCACCCUUUUCAGACGGAGGCCACCUCUAUCACCACCAUCACCAGCACAACUACUUUUGCUACGUCCACCUCCUUCGUCACAUCUGCCAAUAGUAUUAACGUCAUCAGCAUUACCCCAGCAACUAUUGUCGCUAAUACUACUCCUAUUACUGCGACUAAUAUUGCUAGUUUCGUCACCGUCAGCACCACCGCCACCAUUGUUGGUAACAGCAGUACUACAAAUUCUGUAUCAUCAAGCAACGGAAUGAUUGACCUCGAGCGCGAUUCCACCGACAGGUGUAGGAAACAAGCGAAUGGCAGGAAAAAAUCAAGUUCGCUGUCCCGUAGGACGGCGAGCGUGGUGCCCGGAAUCGAGCCGGAUGAGCAACUUCCGGUCACCACGAAGCCGUCUUCCUCGAGCUCCUCGUCCGCUUCCGGGCGCAGCGAAGACGCACCGAAUUACGGGAGCCUUCAAGGAAGCGAUCAUCUGCCACAGUCCCAACAGGAUGACAGUGGACCUGAAGAGAGUCCUGUUUAUAUUUUAACAUCUGCUAAGGGAGAUCGCAGCUACAAACUUCGCGAUUCCAGAAUUAUUGAGAUCGCCGGUGGCCGUGAGAUCUUCUCCCAAAGCAGAGGCAAAGUAGCAGCGCGUAAGCCGCGCUUCCUGGCCGCCUCGAAUUCGCUGACGAACGAAGAAAGUCAGCCGGACAACAAACUGACAACAAAGAAGAACAAUAAGUCCCCAAAUAGACAAAGCGUCUGGGAAUUGCGUAGCCGGUGUGGCCAGGCCAGACGACAACGUACAAACCGUGAGGUCACGGAGACUGUGUUCUCGUCGGAGGUUCACUCGGUGCGUCGGAAUCCCACCAAGUCGAUUCUGGAUUACGACUCGCCGGCGAGCAAUCAUGGAAACCGUGUGAUAAACUACGACUCGAUUCUAAAUAGCAAUAAUGUAGAGUAUAGCAUGCCGAAGAGUAUUACCGAUUUGAAUUAUGGAUUACCCAAGAACUGCGUAGACUAUCAGUCAAAUCAUACAACACCAGCACGCAGUAUGGCAAUCGUAAGCGACGGUGAGGUCGUCGUCUUUGACGACAUCGAUGACAACUGGCAAGGUCUUAGGUUGGAUCUUGGAUCUAGUAACGCCGAUCAGGUUGGAGAUAGUCUUGACUUGGAGACUGAUGAGACUAGACGUGGUCGGAUGCAUCCUGAACCACCAAGUUCAAGUGUAGGAAGUACACCGAGUCCCACUCCACCUCAUCAUCGUAAUACUUCCGAUUUCUUCAAGGUUGUCACAGCGGCAAGCGAUUGCGAGGUGGAGUCGCCGUCACCGGAACGUAAUCACAAGGUGGCGAGAGUAAUUGGCGAAUUACCAAUCGCACAGUAUUCCGGUAGUCCACGAAGAUACGGUGUCAGGGAGAAUCCUAGGCUACCUACACUUUUAUCCUCGCCCUCGAUGUACACGACGCCAAGGCCUGGUUUUCCCCAGAGAAUUCUGCCCACCACGUCAAAUCAGAAAGAGAAGGAAGAGAGUCCUGCUGAGGUUGUCGUGGAGAAUCCUGUGACAGAAAACAUCAUUCCUGAAGCAGAAGCAGAAGUGGAACCGAACAGGACAACGCCACCACCGGUAGAGGCUGAUAUAGAGGAGGAGGAAGAAGAGGAGGAGCUCGAGGACGAAGAAGAGGUAGAAGAGGAGGAGGAGGAUUCUUUGAAACCUCCGGUACUACCCGUAGAGAAUCUUAGCAGCCUUGUUUCACCCAGUGGUAGUACUUUUGAUUAUCUCUACGAGUUCUCUGAGACGCGGAAAGUCCUGGAGGAGUUCUUCAAGUGUCCACCUCCCGCAGAAGAGAAAGAAAAUAAUACAGAAUCGUUUCCGUUUCAAGAUCUGGACUACGAAUUGCGAAGACAGGGUGGCAGUGCCUACGUUGGCCAGCGACUGGCAAGUGGUCCACCAAUAUCAGAAGAAGUUUUGGUUCACGAGUCUCCAAAAAAGCAGAGACCGGACUUCCCACAUACGACGGUGGAGCACGAGAAUAACUUUCUGGACCUGUCAGUCGGCACAGGCAGCAGUGAAGACUUGGGUGAGACUGAAGUGGGACUUCAGGUUGGACAUUCGAGGAAUUUUACGCUCAGUCCUGAGACUACAGACUGCGAUAGUAACUGUGGUGAUCUAGACAGUGACAUGUCUCUGGUGAUGAUGGACAACGAGUUAAUGCCUGCUAGCGGGCUUCUUGGCUCUGUCGGCGACCUUGGAAAUAAUUCAGAAUCCCUACGGAUAUACACAAGCAUGCCUGUCCUCGAGGAUGGCUUGUCGAGUGGUCAUGCCAGUGAUACCGAUAACAACAAUCCCACGGUGAUGCUAAUGAAGAGGCAGAUAAACGAGAUAGAGAAAGAGAUUAUUCAGAGGACGCGCAACGACAUGUUAGAGAACGAUACCGGUGGCAAGGAUGUCGGACUCAGUGUAACUAAGGAUAUCUUACAUUCGUUAAAGGCGACGUCACCCGACCUAUUCGUGGCUAAGAAAGAAUCUUAUGAGAGCAACGAAUUGGAGUUGGAUGGUUUGGAUCCUUUGGGUACACCACCACCACCCGCACCACAGAGUAGACAAAGUAUCGAGGCCGGUGGUGAAGUGGAGGCCGCUAUCAAGGAUAUCCGGUUAGCACUUCAAAGGACAAAGACACUGCCGGUGAAAUCGCCUUCGGAGGAUCCCCCAGAGCCCAACGUCAGCCCCAUCUGGAUACCCAGUGUAUUGGAUGUCAGACGGAGAGUUUGCGCCGAAAGUAACAGCGAGGACUCCGAAGUGAGAAGAGCUGAUGACGAGGCCGAUGUAGAGGUAGAAGAUGGUCCCGAUGAAGAGGAGGCCGAUACCGAUUUGGAAACCGACAGAUUAUUGGGUCAACAAAGAACAGACGAUCAAGGAUUCUACGAUGAUAAGGGUUGGCGGAAGCCAAAGACUAGGACAAUGUUACCAACAAUGAGUACAAAAGUCGUGACUCCCAAACAAACCCCACCGAAAACCCUAAGCGUGGCACCCUUAGAGACGCUUUCACCUACCUGCGAACCCUUACCCUCGACAUCCACGUCGGUAUCGCCGCCACCCUUGACGAUCCCAGCCAUUGCCCAAUCGCCUGCUUCGGAACGCAAGCCUGCGUCCCCCAUUCAGCCGUGUUCCUCGAGCCCCCAGAAGACCCCAGUCAAAAAUUCCCCAUCGCCUCCUCAGAGCCUCAAGGAAUCCGGCAGCAAGGUGAAAAAGGACAAGGAAGGCAAAAAGAAGAGCAGAAACAAAGAAGCUCUCCUGGCCGAUCCUUCAGUUCUCAUCGAGGGCGUGCUCUUCCGAGCUAGAUACCUGGGCUCGACGCAGCUCGUCUGCGAGGGACAGCCGACCAAGUCCACCAGGAUGUGCCAGGCCGAGGAAGCCGUCUCCAGGAUAAAGGAUGCGUCGAUGUCGGCGACGGCAGUGCCGAUGCAGGCUACCCUCGUAAACUAUGGGGGCCAGCACGGUUAUGGUCGGUGCAGCGUCGCAUCGCAGGGCAGCCUCGAUGAAGAUGAGUGCGACUCGAGUGAGGAGCUGAUUGGGAGUGGCUCCGGUGGCCAGAACGAGAGCCUGGCUGCCGAUGUCCCAAUCUCCGGGGGUGCCAUGGGCCCCCUGGGCCCCAAUCUCCCUCCGUUGGGCCCCAGCACCGUUUUCAGACUUCAGUUUCUCGGGUCGGUGGAGGUGGAAGAGGAAGGGGGUCGCAAGCGCCGAAAGCGCCUUAAGAAGCACAUGGUCGAGGAGGCUGUCACUAAGAUCAAGGCUUUGGCACCUGAUGGCGAGACUCAACCCAGCACCGAAGUGGACCUUUUCAUCUCGACCGAGAAGAUCAUGGUGUUAAACACGGAUCUCAAGGAGAUAAUGAUGGACCAUGCGCUGAGAACGAUAUCGUACAUAGCCGAUAUCGGCGACCUGGUUGUACUCAUGGCAAGAAGACGUUUCGUGCCGCACGAGAUGCAAGAGGCGCCGAAGAUCAAUCGAACCCCGAAGAUGAUUUGCCAUGUAUUCGAGAGCGAGGAGGCUCAGUUCAUCGCACAAAGCAUAGGUCAGGCGUUCCAGGUCGCUUAUAUGGAAUUCCUCAAAGCGAACGGCAUCGAGGAUCACAGCUUCGUGAAGGAGAUGGAUUACCAGGAAGUUCUAAAUUCCCAAGAGAUCUUUGGCGACGAGUUGCAGAUGUUCGCCAAGAAGGAGAUGCAGAAGGAGGUGGUGGUACCGAAGGCUAAGGGUGAAAUCUUGGGUGUGGUGAUAGUAGAAUCCGGAUGGGGCUCCAUGUUACCCACGGUUGUGAUAGCCAAUCUUGCACCGGCAGGUGCAGCCGCGAGAUGCGGCCAGCUAAAUAUCGGCGAUCAGAUAAUCGCCAUUAAUGGCGUCUCUCUGGUCGGUCUCCCGUUGUCGACGUGUCAGACGUAUAUAAAGAACUCAAAGAAUCAGACUGUGGUUAAAUUGACUGUGGUACCGUGUGCCCCGGUUGUCGAGGUCAAGAUCAAGCGACCCGACACCAAGUACCAGCUCGGCUUCAGUGUGCAGAACGGUGUCAUUUGCAGUCUACUGCGUGGCGGAAUUGCGGAACGCGGUGGCGUCCGAGUAGGCCAUAGGAUCAUCGAGAUCAAUAAUCAGAGUGUCGUUGCUGUGCCGCAUGAGAAAAUUGUCAAUCUUCUUGCGACCUCGGUCGGCGAGAUUCUCAUGAAGACGAUGCCCACGUCGAUGUUUAGGCUGUUAACCGGCCAGGAGUCUCCGGUGUACAUAUAAGAGUUCAAUUGCCUGGCCGUUACGUAGUGAAGAGACAAUACAUCCGCCAUCCAUUACCAUCGUACUACUAAUGUCCAUACUACUUGGCGGUGGAGAUCGUUCCGGUAUCAGGUACCAAGGUACCAGGUCAGGAACGACCUGACUGACUGCCAGGCUGCCUGCCUGCCUGCCCAAAGUCACAAACUCACCGAGCCCACCUUUUAUCCUGCUUUGCUGCUGCGGCUGCACUCUCUCUUUUUCCUUCUAUCUCUCUAUCUCGAGCUCGAACUCUCAUAGAAGCCCAAGUGAAACGUUACUAAGUAUUUACUCGAGCGUAAUUUAUAUUAUUACCGUAAUUAAUAUAAUAUAUAAAUAUACGUUUUAUCAGUGCGACGUCACUCGUUCGCACGCGUACGAUAUAAAAGAAAUUGAACGGAGAGACGCUUAAUAUCUCUUUUAAGAACAGUCAGCCAAUUUUCUGUCUUCUCUCGAGAUAUGUACAUCGGAGAUAAGCAAAGAAUGAGAACGUAUCCACGUGGUUCCUUCAUUGUCACAGAAUUGCCGAAGGUCAGAGUCACGUUUUCUCGCGAGAAAACUAUUUGCCCUCGGAUAUCUCGCUGUCGCGAUAAAUAAUUCACAAGGUUGCAUCGAGCCUGAUAUAUCUUAAGUCCUAUCUUAUAUUACCGUACCCUCGUGUAAUUACCGCGACGGUGAAUUCGCCAUUCUAAUUAACCAGGAGCGAAGACGAGAGAGGACAUUUAAAAUUGUACGAUUGUCAGACGUGCGAAUUAGGUAAUUAAUUGCUAAUUAAAGAAGCGAACGAACGAGUGACGUUGUCGUACGCGCCAAGGAAGUUUAAUAGGGGAAUGCAAUGCACAUGAUUAUAAAUAGCACAAAUGAGAAGUAAAAAAAGAAAUUUAAAGACAAACGAAGAAUAACACCACUGUCUCCCUCUCGAAGUUUUGCGAGUGAAUCGAGGGGGAGAAGUGAGGAGGAGGAUGCGAAUAAAAGAUGAAAAAACAAAGAAAGAAAUAAGAAUAAUAAAGGAAUAUAAUGAAUUAGCUGUAUAUUACGGAGGACAGGGCGAGGAUUAAUAAAUUGAAUGCUUAGAGAAGGUGGUCAGUGCGUGACGUAAUAUUUGUAAAGAAAAGAAAAAAAAAUGGAAUGAAAAAAAAUGGUCAAGCCAAUUUCCACAAGGAUUUCCUUGACGUAUCCAUGGAAUUCUCACUGGACAUUCCCUCGUCGAAUAUUUUAGUCCUUUUAUCGAAAAUCGCCUGGUAUGCCACUAAAGGCAUACGGACUGCGCGGUGCCCCGACUCCUCGUUCAUUUGUAUUAAAACAAAGUCGAAGAUAAGAGAAUAAGAGUGAAGUGAGUGUUGAUUAAAACUAGAAGCUAAUAAGGAACAAUAGGACGGAGGGCGAUUAAAACCUAAUUAGGAAUUCUCGUAUAAAUACGAUUUAGGUUCCUUCGAGUGUGUGUAAGUCUCACGCGAAAUAUUAUCGGCGAGUUAGACGAAGAGGAGUACGAAUUUCGUUAUUCGUUUAAAUAUAAUACUUAAAUUAAUUCAUACGUAUAAGUAUAUGGCUGUCAGUCCUAUAUACUCUCUAGUCAAUGGAAAGAUGUAACGAUACCGAUAGAUAUUUAUACUGUCUUAUUGCUGUACUAGAGAGUCCAGAUGCACGAUUAUUAAUAUUACGUUUCUUUAUUUACUUUCUUUAUUUAUCUCUCUUAUUUUUCUUUUCUUAUAUUAUCAAUCGUGACACGCUCUCCUCUUCGUUACCUCGUCGACUAUCAUUGUAAUCUAAGUUUUAUCUAUUUUUGCUGACUACUUUUCGACUCUUAAGCUAUACUUCGGCUUUAUGAAUAUCAAAUGAGAUAUCGCGAUGGUGCAGAAUACUAAGAUUCCUAAACUUCGAUAAACUUUCUAUGCCAAAGUAGGUGCGAUCGUGUGUCAUAGCUUUGAAAAACAAGAGCGAACAAAAGAAAAAAUGAUUGUACAGACUGGGACAAAAAAGGAAAACUAAAAUAUUCCUUUGUCUCUCUCUCUCUCUCUCUCUGUAACUUUCUGUUAUCCUCUGUGUCGAAUUGCGCGAGUGUUUCCGGUACGCCGUUAUUUAUUUCAAUUGUGUAAAAUGAAGAUUACCGAAUUCCCACGAAUCUCGUAGGUUUAUCCUUGUUUCUCGUUGUGUAACGUCGAUAUCUGUAAGACGAUAAGCAAAAUAGACCCUGAAACAGACUUUUGGCAUAAAAGAGUUUAUCCAUAUAUCGAGGUGCGUCGGAACUGUAUGAAUUAUAAUAUAUGGGAUCAAACAAGAUGUUAUUAUACAUAGAGUGUGUAUGGGUGGCUGAAAACUUAUCUAGUCAUUAACGCUAAGGAUAAAGUAUAUAUUAUAAAUAAAUAAUUGAAUACUCAGCCAUCGCCAAGCCACCCUGAACUGAUAAAGCGAGUGAAGCGUUAAUUCGCAUUCUUAAUUCAAAAAGUAAAAUGAUAAUAACAAUAGCAGUUACAUAUUGACAACAGUCUCAAAGAGAGAAAGAAAGAAAACAAAAAAAAAAGCCUGCAUUUAAAUCCGACAUACGUCCGCUCAUCUUUUCUCUCGCUUUUAAUUCGAAUUUACAAGUGCAACGGCCACAGCGAAAAGUUGAAGAAAUUAACACGUAAAACGAAAAGAAAAAGCCGAGGAACAAAUACAAAAAGAUAGUGGAAAACCUUUGUUUUUAAUAAUGCCAUCCAGUCACCAAUCGCAAUCAAUUUAUUCGCUUCGUUACCAAGUUUCAAGAAAAUUCUUCUGGCCCUUAAAAGAAAAUAGAGAAAAGCACAAGACUAAGAAACGUGAGAAGUAGAAUUAAAAGGAACUAAAUGAAAAGGUCUUGCGUUUUCAUCUCCACAAGCUGUCAGAGUUCUUAGCACGUGGACAAUGCAUUUCAGCCAACUGCAUUCUGAACAGAUAUGCAUAUUGAUUAAAGCCAAUUGAACUGCGAUUUUAAAAAAUUCUAACAAUUUACUAGGGUUGAAGAACAAUUGAGACUGGAAAGAAAUUUGAGAGUAUGCACGUUGACGAGGGCGAGAAAGGGAAACGGGGUAAAUGAAAAACAAUUAUUAAAUGAGACAUUUUACACGUUCGUAAGUGACACGCGCGACAUACACACAUACAGACGAUAUAUACUUCUCCCCCAUGGAGAAUGAGAUAAUAAAGAAAAGGAUGAUUCGGUUGAAGAGAAAGAAAAAGUAAGAAGAAACAAAAAUGACAAUGCGUGAAAAGGGGAAAAAUCGCCCACACUCGUACACGGAGAGCAAAGAGUAAUUAAUAUCUUAUAGAUACAUAAACUAGAGCUUGCGCUAUAGCUUCACCCGGUCAUGAGACGCACUAAUGAAAGAAAGAAAAGAAAAAAAAGGAAAAAAAACGUCAUGGCUAAUCUCUAUCAAUGUUUGUGAGUGUAACAUAUAAGUUAAAGAAAAACGGUAUUAUUAAUUACAAAAAGCUUAAGUCGAGCUACUGAAUGUGUAUAUGGUUAUACUAUACUAGUCCAUAACGAAGAAGGUAAACAAUAAACUGUAAUUUUGAAUUCAAUUAAAGAAA